GAUAUCAUAAAAGAAAAGAGAAACACUCAAAAAAGAAAUAAAGUCUUUAGUCUUUUUCUCUUGUACUUCUUCCUCCUUCCUUAUUUCUUUCGGAUCGAUUGCCAAAAAUAUUAUUAAUUGGAGGUAUUUUGUUCCUUUGCAAUUAAUUUAUGAAAAGUAGAUAAAAAGUCAUGUCGAUCUGAAACCAUACAAAAGGAAGGAGAUUUAUAUAGUUUUAGAAAUGGAGGUUCAAAGGCUACAAGAAUUAUUGUGGUUAUUUUCAAAAUUGCAAAGUAAUCGUGUUGCCCUCGUGGGUGGAAACCACACCGCUGCUAGGUUUUGCACUCGUUAAAAUUCUUGCCAAUCCAAACUCUCUACCACUUCCCCUUUCGUUGUUAGAUUGAAUUAUAAUUUGCAUGCUCUCUUUUCCAAAAAUUGCAAACACCUUCAACCUUUCUCGGCUAGCCUCAACCUUCUUCUUUUACCUACUGCCCCCGACUAAUUUAGAUUCGUGCCGGUAGGACGAAAAUUCUCCCAGGACUCAGCAGUGGGAGCGGGAUUUUCAUGUGCUUAAACAUGACGUAUAAAACAGCGAGUUUGUUGCAUACCAAGAAACAUGACAAAAUGAAAAGCCUAUACAUGGAUCAUGCCUUAGGCUUUCACGGUGAUACCCAUUUGGUGAAGUUGAUUUCUCAAGCAGCCAUUUUGGCAUUGGUUAUUCUCUCGAUUAAUACCAUAAUCAGGGGUUUAACAUCGAGCUAUGGAUAUAUUAAUGUUUCUAAAGUUGAUGAGUUGGCUAAUUAUAAUAAUCCCAUCAAGUUGGAGUUUUUGCCUCUCAUUUUUCAUGAUUUGGCCAAUGAAGGCCUUCUCAAAAUGGGGGAUAGGUCCCUACUUAUUACCAAUGGAAAUGAAGAUCAAGCUAUUUACAAUUCUCAAGUUACAAGUGAUUACAAGAUGGAUUAUUUGAUUUCUUUUUCAGAUUUGACACGUAAAAAAAGCUGUCCCAUUAUUCUUGAAGAGUCUUUUGACUUUGCACUAAUUCCCUGCCCCUUCUCCAAAUCUCUCAAUUUUAUUGAUCCCGCUCUUAAAGUAGGUGGUAUUGUUGUUGUUCAACUAAUUAACGACAACCCCAUGACUACAUUUCUACAACCAUCAAACUAUAAAGUUGUCUAUGUUCGAAAAUUUGAUUCCACAAUUAUAGCCAUGAAAAAGACAACUACUACUUAUGCCUCUACCAAAACUAGUACUACUCCUGCUCCUACUACACAUCAUAGAAAAUUGUUCAACUUUGCUCCAAAUGCAAAAGAGGCAGCACUGAACAAACUAGAAGAUGUAUUACUUGAACCACCAAGAGCAGCAUCAGGUAAAUCUAGCAGAUAUCUCAAACGGACUCGUUAUUUGUCAGAAUUGAUGGAUAUUCCACUAGAAAGUUACCCACGAAGGGUCUUCAUUGAUGUUGGUUUACAAGAAAAGAGCGAAGCAUCAGGCGAUUCGAGUUGGUUUUCGAAGCAUUAUCCAACGAGGAAUACGAAAUUCGAGAUAUUUAAGAUUGAAACAGUAAACAAAGAGUCAUCAGUACAAUUGAUUGGAAUGUCUGAUUGGCUAAACAAGAAUGUGAAAGAAAAUGAAUAUGUGGUCAUGAAGGCAGAAGCUGAAGUGGUUGAAGAAAUGGUGAGAAACAAAGCAAUUAGGUUAGUUGAUGAACUCUUCUUGGAGUGCAAACAUCAAGGUAUUAAAAAAGGUGAUAAAAAGAAAAGUAGGAGGGCAUAUUGGGAAUGUUUAUCUUUGUAUGGUAUGUUAAGGGAUGAGGGUGUUGCUGUACACCAAUGGUGGGGUUAAAAAAAUUAUACAAGUAUUAAUUAUAACUAGACUUAUGUUCGUACAAUUGACAAUAUAAAGUUUAUUUACAUUGUUAGUGUAGCGUGUAUCAAAUUUGUUAUUACUGUUAUAAAUAAUUUGAUUAUGUAAAUAUUUUGUACCAACGUCAAUAUAUAUAUAAAGCGAUAGAGAAUGAGCGGCAAACAUAAAGGAGAUGAGGUUAUGAAUUCA